UAAAAAAGCAGAACUUUUUGUGCAGAUUUGAGAGAAACCUUUGCAGAGGUGAUGUGUGUGCAGGGCAUGUGACAGUUUUUAAGUGUUUUUUGAGGAUUAGUUUUGAGAUCUGCAAACUUGGGAGUUGGAAUAGUGUCCUGUAAAGACAUUUUGUUGUUUGCGUUUCUAAAUUAUUAUCAUAAUUGUUUUGCUUAAAUUCAUUGCAUACGUCUUUUUUAGCCCGGAUUGAUAUCAUGCUUCAUAGGGAGCUGAAUCUGGAUGACCUAGAAAAUAAAUAAAUCUAUGCUUUUAAAAUAUAUAUAUAUAUAACACUUUUUUUUAAGUGGGGGUAUUGUGAGCGUCCCGUGAUUAGCUGUUGAUUUCCCUCCAGAAGAGAGGACAGACUUGUUAAAUUGAGUACAGUUUUUUUCUUCUUCUUCUUUUUUUUUUUCUUUCUCGUGCGUGGCUGCAUCAUCAGGUCUGGUAUAAAAACGGCUGCCAAAGCCACAACAGUGGCCGCUUUUGCUUUUAGUUAAGGGAGGUCAGACAGAGAGAGGCAGAGGCUCAAAGGGUGCGAGGGAGACGCACGGCGUAAAGCCCCGACUGCAGUGUGUCGUGGUAGAGUCGGUUGGUCGGCCUGGUCCCUGCCUGUGCUGCUGCUGCCGCCGCUGCUGCUGCUGCUGCUGCUGCUGGGAGACUUCCUGGGCUUCUUCCUGAGCGGCUCUGAAGGAUGACCGCUGCACGGCUCGCUGCUGAUUCCCGGUGAACGAACGGCGUCUCAUGUCCGAGCGGCGCGAGGAUGGCUCAUGGCAAAGUGACCAUUACGGUGGACGAGUACAGCUCCAACCCCACACAGGCCUUCACACAUUACAACAUCAACCAGAGCCGCUUCCAGCCUCCACACGUCCACAUGGUGGACCCUAUUCCUUACGACACUCCGAAGCCAGCAGGACACACCAGGUUCGUGUGUGUUUCGGACACACACUCGCGUACAGAUGGCAUCCAGAUGCCCUACGGCGACGUGCUGCUGCACAUGGGCGACUUCACCGAGCUGGGGCUGCCCUCCGAGGUUAAGAAGUUCAACGACUGGCUAGGCGGCCUCCCAUACGAAUUUAAGGUGGUGAUCGCCGGGAACCACGAGCUGACCUUUGAUAAAGACUUUAUGGCCGAGCUGGUCAAGCAGGAUUACUACCGGUUCCCCUCGGUCUCCAAACUCAAACCAGAGGACUUUGACAAUGUGCAGUCGCUCCUCACAAACUGUGUGUACCUGCAGGACUCGGACGUCACCAUCAAGGGAUUCCGGAUAUACGGGACACCAUGGACUCCGUGGUUUAACGGCUGGGGGUUCAACCUGCCUCGGGGCCAGUCUCUGCUGGAUAAAUGGAACCUCGUCCCCGAGGGCAUCGACAUCCUGAUGACCCACGGACCUCCGCUCGGUUUCCGAGACUGGGUUCCUAAGGAGCUGCAGCGGGUCGGCUGUGUAGAGCUUCUCAAUACGGUGCAGAAGAGGGUGCGACCCAAACUUCAUGCCUUCGGAGGCAUACAUGAAGGGUACGGGAUCAUGACAGACGGCUACACGACGUUCAUCAACGCGUCGACCUGCACCGUCAGCUUCCAGCCCACCAACCCCCCCAUCGUGUUCGACCUGCCCAACCCCUCCAGCUCCUGAGACCAGAGGAGGGGGGGGGGGGGCGGGGCGGGUUGGAUAAACUACUUCUUUUCUAUAAAUAUGUCAAGUUAAAAAAAAAAUAAUAAUAAUCUAAGUGUUUCAUUGCAAACAUUUGGUCUCUUCCAAGCUGUUGUUGAGGCAGAGACGCAGGGGUGAGGGCGGGGACAUUGUCUGGAAGCGUUAAAGGAGAAUGCCGGUGUUAUAGAUCUUUUUUUUUUUUUUAAAGCUUGCACCAACGAUCCUGUUUCCCUCCGAUGUUUUUAUUAUUAUUUUUUUGUACACUUGCAGAUAUCAGAGCCUGUUUUCCUCCAGUGUUCAAUGUGAAAAACAGCUUUCACAAAGCGAGAUAAUCAAUGAAGAGGGAUGACUUCUUCUUCUUCUUCUGUUUUUAUGUCACCAUUAUUUCAAUUCACACUCCCAGGCUGUCACAGGAAAGAAAUGGAAAGUAACAUAACUGAGUAUGGUGUCUUAUUUUAUAAUCACAGAGGAGCAUGACGUGAGGAUCGUCUACAUUUUUGUCCUCUUUGGCCUCCCGUUCAAAAAGAACCAUGACAUUUUAAAACGUUUCUUUCGCCCACAGCUUUUCACAUUGGGGAACAAACGCAUCAAUGUUUAAUGUUUUCUCCUGACUCCGGUGUUCUCCUUUUCGUAAGGAAUUUGUGGUUAAACAAUCUUGCUCUUGAUAAAUAUUGGUCAGAUCUGUAAGAUAAACGAUGCUUUGUGAAUUUGUACAAUUUCUUUAUGUUUGGUUAGCCAGACAAUGGAUGCCAUUGUUUUACGUUGUGGUGUCAUCUGAUAUUUUUGUGUUUAGGUCUUUUUUUUUUCUCUCAUUCUCGUCAGUUCCUCAGUUUUUUUUUUUUUGUUUGUUUGUUUUGUUUUUGUUUGUUUUUUUUAUUAUUGGCUGACAGGGACGCUGCCUUAAACUAGCUUUAAUGUUCUCAGCUAGAGCCCCCACUCUCUCUGCAAGCUCGGAGAAAAGUCCUUAUUUAUUACCCAUCAUCCCCGCAAAGCAACACCUGACCAACGCAGGGACGGAAAGCUAUCCAAUUACAGCCUGAAAAUUUUAAUUUCUAUCAUCCCAGUAUGGGUUUCUGAUCUAAUUUGGAAAAUGUAUGUAUAAAAAUAUAUAUAUAUUAUAUAUUCAUGUUGUAAAACAUCUGUACUAAAACUUGUGUUUGAGGAAAAAAAAAAAGGAAAAAAAAGAAAAUUAGGUGCAUUGUUUCUGUAUGCACCUGUAUGAUGCCAUGUUUCUUUAAUGCGCCCAUCCUCCUUCAUGCUUUUUCUAUCAACUCUCCCAGUAGGGUAGACGUUCAUUUUGAAUGAGAGAGGAAAGAUUUUGUCAGUCACAAUCCAACAGGUGCUGGUUGCUCCCGGCAACACACCUGCCUAAACAUGGUUAAGUUGUCCUUUAAAGUGUAAAUCUGAUAGUAUUUGUGUUUUAUUGCUUUUCUUUUCUAAUUUUGCACUGUGUGUAAAUGCAAUCUUGCUAGCACAAAAAAAAAAUGUUGCCAAUAGUUGUCUCAACUUCGCCGCUGUAAAUGCUCUUUUCGUGCUCUGUUCCUCUCUUCUCUGCUCUUUCUCUGAUUGUAUCCCUCUUCAUGGAAAUGUUAGUUCUCUCUUUCAGUUCAUUGUGAUAUAUUUAGCUGCCUUUAUAUGCAAAUAAAAUUGCAAGAUUUUUACUUAUGAAA